AUGAUUAUAUCUAUAUUUAAACAGUGCAGAAUCUGCGAUGAAUUUACUAAAGCAUAUUGCAAUGAGGAUAGUGAAUUUGACAGUUUUAAUAUUUAUAUGGGUAAACUUAAUGUUGAAACUGAAGUAGAUAUCAUUAAAUAUCAAUUUACAGACUUUCCUGAUAUAUCCAAUAAUAAUGACAAAUAUCUUAAAUAUCCUAUUUUUCUUAUUGAUAUAUUUCCACUAGAUUUUACUUCGAAGCAGUUUAUAGCAGAACAAACUCUGCUGCAGCUUGGAUAUUUUGGUGGUGUUGGAUGGACUUUGUCCAAAACAAGAAUAAGAAAACUGGGUUGUAACUCAAUUUUUAAAUAUAUAAAAAACUUAAUAAAAUAUUCUAUGAAUAAUCUAAGAAUAAGGCUAGCAAUAUCUCAUAGGCAGCUAUCUAACUGGUUAAACUACAAGUGUAUUGAUAGAUUUCAAUUAAAAAAAUUAUGCAGGUUAGGAAUUCCUAAUAGUUUACGUGGUGAAGUAUGGAGUUACUUAUUAGGUAGUGAUGAAUUAUUAUCAAAAAACUCAGCAAUUUACACAAGUAAAUUAAAAGAGAAUAUCUCAAAAGAAUUUGAGGAGCAAAUUAAUGUAGAUUUAUGUAGAACAUUUCCAAAUUGUGCACUAUUUAAUGAGUCUUAUGAAAGAAAUGGAAUAAAUAGUUUAAGAAGAGUACUAUAUGCAUUUGCUGCAUAUGAUAGAGAUAUUGGCUACUGUCAAGGUAUAAAUUUUAUUGCAGCCAUCUUCUUAUUACACAUGAAGGAAGAGUUAGCAUUUUGGUCACUUGUUAAGUUUAUUGGUGCAAAUAAUAGUAAGCAAAUAAAAAUAAACUUAGAAAGUCCGAGAAGCUAUUAUACAAAAGGAAUGGUAGGAGUAAAACGCGACAUAAUAGUGUUAAAACAACUCUGCGAUAUGUAUCUUCCAGACAUAUCUACGAAGUUUGAAUACCUAGGUAUUGAUAUCCAGUGGUUUGCAAUUGAGUGGUUUCUUUGCUUUUUUAUCACUUCAUUUCCUAUUUUAACUCUCAUGCGCAUAUUAGAUGUCAUAAUUAGUCAUGGAUCUUCAUCACUAUUUCAUAUUUCUCUUGCGUUAUUAUAUUUAAAUAAGACCAAAAUUAUUCAAUGUAAUGAUAUGGAUACUUGUAUGAGCAUACUUAAGGCUACUACAAAGUAUUCUGACAAUCCUUCACUAGUUAUUAAAACUGCCUUCAGAUAUAAAAUACAUAAAUACUUUCUUCAUGAGCUUCAGCUAAUAAUUCAGAAUCAAUUGAAUAGUGAACAGAAAAGAUUACCAUAUAGUUUUAAUUAA